UUAUAUAUCUAGUCGAAAGUUAAAAAGAAAAAACGAGAUCUAUAAACAAACAUUCCCAAAUGUUUUCAUAACUCUCAAACCACUGUUCACCACAUUCAAUGGAAUACGAGAUCUGUUCAAGCUCUUCUUCUGAAAAUCAUAGAGACCACUUCCAAUUCCUGGAUCUCUUUCCUAACCUCACCCCAAACCCUAAUAACAACAAUACCCUAAUCGAACCUUUACCGCUUAUCGAUAGGAUCAACUUAAACUCGAACCUAAACCUAAAACCUAGGCCGUCGUAUGUUGGCGAAGGAGAUGACGAGGGAGAAGAUGAAGAGGACGUUAUAGUGGACGUGAGCUUACACAUAGGUCUUCCUGAUUCCGGUAAUUCAAGUAAUGGGAAAGAGAUCGUCACUUAUGAUGCCGGAAAAGACAUCGAAAAUGCAGUUUCCGGCCAGGCAUAUUGGAUUCCGACGUUGGAGCAAAUUAUAAUCGGCUUCACCCAUUUUUCUUGCCAUGUAUGCUUCAAGACAUUCAAUCGCUACAACAAUCUUCAGAUGCACAUGUGGGGCCACGGUUCACAAUAUAGGAAAGGACCAGAGUCACUGAAAGGGACUCAGCCAAGAGCCAUGCUGGGCAUCCCUUGUUACUGCUGCGUUGAAGGGUGCAGGAACCACAUCGAUCAUCCUCGGUCCAAGCCACUAAAAGACUUCCGAACGCUCCAAACGCACUAUAAGCGCAAACACGGUCAAAAGUCGUAUGCGUGUCGCAUUUGCGGUAAGCUCUUGGCAGUUAAGGGAGAUUGGCGAACUCACGAGAAGAACUGUGGGAAACGGUGGGUUUGUGUUUGCGGUUCCGAUUUUAAACACAAACGCUCCCUUAAAGACCAUGUUAAGGCUUUUGGACCUGGUCAUGGGUCUUAUCCGACCGGUUUGUUUGAUGCGCACGCCUCAUAUUCUUCUGUCUCGGAAACGCUCUUUUAAAAUUUGUGCAGUGAUCAUCUUUUGACUUGUGUGAACCAUUUAUUACUAGUAUGUGGUAUCUCUGUUUGAUUCGA